CCUGGUGUGCGGUUUUCCUGAACAGCGAUGUUCUUGAACGCAUCCUGGGGGGCAAGGAGGAUGUUAUUGUUAGCUUCAGCGGUGGAUGAGAAAAUGCAGUAGUCCCACACACAUUUGGAUGUUAUAAAGUAAUGGGCUGAUUUCCACUUGUGUUCAAGAUGGCGAGAGACAGAAAGUGCAUCCUCUGUGAAACCGUCCACGUCUCCAAGCAGGAGAUGGAUGAGCACAUGAGAAGUAUGCUGCACCACCGUGAGCUGGAGAAGCUCAAAGGCCGGGACUGCGGACAUGAUUGCAGAGUGUGCAAGGUAACGGUGGUGAGCCUAACUGACUAUGCCAGCCACAUUUCCAGUCCCACGCACAAGCAGAAUGUGGAGGCUGCAGAACAAAAGCAUGCUGGGAACGACCAUGACGAGAACUACUUCGAUCAGGCUUUGGUGGACCUGAUUGAGAAGAGAAAAGAACAGAUCAGAAAAGAGAAAGAGGCUGCUGCUGCAAAGCUGGCAAAAGAAGAAGAGGAUCGAAGGAGAAAAGAGGAGUUUCAGCAGAAGUUAAAGGAAGCCAAAGAGUGUUACCGGCUGCAGUGUUCCUGGCAGCAGCCAUCACAGGGGUUCAGUGGAUCCAGUCAACACAGUUCUUGGUACAGGAGCAACCGAUAUAAUGCCAGAUCAGGGGAGGCACGACCCUGGCACCACAGUAAACAGGGAAAGAGCGCCACCUGGCAUGCUCAGGAGCCUCCCAACUAUCAGAAAUGGGCAUCUGGAGAGUUUGCUGGUGGAAGCUUGUAUAGCCAGGAGGGUUUGGGUAACAAGCAGUGCGAUCAGGGGGCAUUUUCUAGCAAUCAACGAAGUCGACUGCCUUGGCUCAGCAACGGUGGCAGUAGUAACGGGGUCUAUGGUCGAAACAAUAUUUCCCAGAACCCACAAAGGGGGCGGCCCCUGAGCCUUUUCGGGCCUCCUCCUAUGUAUCCACCCCCACCCAGUUUUUUUGCUCAGGCUCUUAACCAGUUUCAAAAUACAGGAAGUGACCAGGGAGGUCAGCAGGGUGAUGGGCUUCAGAAUGGGGAGGGUCAAACAGCAGAACCUGACCACAACAGCAGUAAGAGCUCUAAGACCUUUGGUAGCAAUCCAAAGCUGGACAAAGCCUGUCGCUGGUCACCCUAUCCAGUCACAAAGGGUUUUGAAUCUGUACCCCACAAGGAUACCAACCCAAACUCAUCAGAGAAGUACCCCAAAGUCCCCAAAUCCCAGAAACAAGACAAGGCACCAGAAACCUGUGCCUUUAACAGGCAGUCCCGACCUGAACAGAAACCAGGGCAGUUGACCUCGAGUGGACAAAGUGUGGAAGACAAACGGAGGCAUAAAACAAACCCCAAAACCAAACCCAGAGAAAGGAGUAGCAGCAGCAGUAGAAGCAACAGUGCUCAGGGAGAUGGCCACCAGAACUCCACAUCUGGUCCUUCCAAUCAGAACGUAAAUAAGCCAUUGCUACAUAAAGAUCGGAAGAAGUCCUCAGUUUUUGGUCUCAACUGUGGAGCUCAACUCAGCAAGGACUCCAGUCAUGCACAAUCAAAAUCAACUGCAAAGCAGAGUGGAUUCAGUUACCAGGCUCCACCUAUUGGGCCCCUUCAAUCAAGGCAAGAACGGCAGCUCCCAGAAACGUUCAAGAAAGCCAGACAGAUUGUGUUAGAAAAGAGGAGCUCUUUGGAUAGCUCUAGAGACCACAGGAUGGAAAUGACACUGCACAUUGUGGAGGAGCAGCAGAGGGAUCAUGUACAGAGUCAGAUUGGAGUGAACAAAGAAAACAGCUGUAGGCAGAAUCCAGCUAAACCAAAUUUACCUGACUCACUCAGGCCAGAAAAGCCUGCAUUGCAGUCUUCAGACAGCAGCCAGUUUCUCCAAUCAUUGCAAGUUAGUACCUCUACCAUGGAGAGCUCCGAGCCUGCAGCCUCAAGCAGGGAAGAUGAGGAGAACAGGAAGAAAGGGGAGAAGGUAUCAUGCCCAGUAGCCCCAGAUGAAGCCAUGCAGGCUGUUGAAGCAGGGCAGAGCUCAGAGAGUGACACCUCCAGAAGUGGUGAAGCACAGACGGUCUCAGGGUCAAACACAUCAAGUCUGUCCAAACUUGACCUGCCUCCUGUGUUAAAACGUGACCUGACCAAACACAUCAGCUCCAAGAGCAAAACAGGUAGCCACGAGCCCAACCUGAACAUUGCCAGACGGGUGCGAAACCUAAGUGAGUCACGGAGAAGUGACACAGAAAAGGACUCAGGGCUCAAACCAACUGUACGGCAGCUCAUCAGCUCCUCUGGGUCUCGACGCAAUGUGAACUGGGAACAGGUGUAUCAGGAGGUCAGGAAGAAGCAAGACAAAGGAAAAGGCAUGCCAAGGUUUGGGAUAGAGAUGGUGCCAUAUGAACAGGAGGACCAGAGCCAGGAGGAAGAUGACAUUCCCCUGCUAGAGGGUUUCCAGUGGGAGUCGCUGAUGGACAUCUCUGCCUCGGGCGUCUCCCGAAAACGUUCCUUAUCAGAGAGCAGCCUUGCCCCUGCAUCCACUCACUCCCUGUUUACAUCCCUGAUGUCAAAGGAGACAGCACAAAGAGAAGGCCACAUCUCAGAGCAGCAGGGAUCCUCCGUUUCUCCUAGUCCCAUAUUCGCUCAAGGGAACAAAGACAGUCAGCGUCAGCAAGAGGUAGAGCAGAUACUUGGUCAGUUUGAGGCUAAAACACAGAAGCAGCCAGACAAACUAACGUCUGCAACAGUGAAGGCCCUCCAGCGGUCUGAUUCAGUGCUCGGGGACAGCAGUUCGGGGACGGAGCAGUAUGACGGCCAGGGAACAGGAAAGAGGCGAAGAGCAGCUGGGGAUGUUCCGAGUGUAGAGACUUCUUGCUUGGAACACAAUAACAAAAGAAGGAAGGUCAAAUCCAAAAAAGAGCGUUUACAGAUUGACCAGCUGCUGGCUGUGUCUCUGCGGGAGGAAGAGCUGAGUCGCUCGCUGCAGACUGUGGAUACCAGCCUGAUCCAGGCCCGGGCUACACUGGAGGCCGCCUACAUGGAGGUGCAGCGUCUCAUGGUGGUUAAACAGCAGAUGACUGGAGAGAUGAGCACACUGAGAAACAAGCGCAUCGAGUUACUAAAAGGGAUGCAAGGUAGUAUGGAGGAAGCACCUCAGGUAAAGUUGAAAGAAGAAAAGAUGGAUUCAGUAGAAGCUGAGCCACACAUGCCCUUCUCCAUUACACUUUCCUCUGUUACGGACACUGCUGCUGCCCCCAGUCCUAGUCCUCUUGCCGAGUGUGCCUCCCCUCCCUCUUCCAGCCUUCCCUUCAUGUCUGUAGUUAUCAAACAGGAGCCUCAGUCUCCUGUCCAUGUCAGCUCAGAGCUGGACCCUGUGGAUAAUAUAACCCACUAUGCUCACAGCACCACUCCAGAGCUGCCUAUCGCUCCUGCUGCAGCCUCUCCACCAGAUCCUGCCCUUAAUUUCCAGCCAUCUCCUGAAAGAAAGCCUGAGCUGUACCAAACUAACACAGAACAUAAUUGGGAGAACUUUGGAGAGCCUGCAGACUGCAAAGAGAGCCUGUCAGGACUGGUUGAGACAACGGAAAAGGCCAUACAGGCAACGAGGAACUGUCUCACCUCUUUGCCUGACUCUAAAACUUCCGUAAAGCUUCUCUCAGCCAGCAGGAGGGGCUCUGAGGUGGGGAGUGUUGUUGACUGUGCAGCCACACAGUCCUUUGAGCCCCCCUCAGUCCCCUCAGUCCUUAAUCUGCCUGCCUCUCCAUCUGAACUGAGGAGCGGAAAGCGUGUAAGGAAGCUGAAGAAGAGAAAGGUGUUGAAGAAGGCCCAAGGGACAGAGCAGCCUGAGAGCAGUGACACAGAAAUAGAUGGAGAGGCCUUGAGACCGAGGUGGCUUCGACCACGCAGGAGACCCAGUGGAAGCUCUCAGGUCAGUACCUCCACUCAGCCUUCAGAAGAUAGAGAAGGUGACAUGAACAUGGAGGGGGGUGAGGAGGCCUCAAGGGUGCUGAAUCCAAAAAUCAAACCUGAGAAAGUAGAAUUCAAGUUACCCAAAAACAUGGUGGAGCUUCCCCAGGUGGCCCCCGCAGAACUUACAGUGAACUUAGAUUCAGAAGAAAGCAUGGAGGUCACCGCAGCCUGCCAGCAGCCCCACAUGGAUGCCCCAAUUCCAACUCCCCCUCCAGUCCAGGUCCCAGAUUCCUCCAGACCUGAACCACAGAGCUUGGCCUGCAACGAGGUCACCUCCACCAGUGACAUGGAUGUGUGUAAAUCCUCUGAGAGUGACGUGCAGAUUACCAUCACAUUGCCCAAGAUAACGAAGAUCUCAUCAGAUGCAUCAUCUGACCACGGUGAGGAUGAUUUGCCCACUGAGGGUGUGUUCGAGGGUCACCAGGAGGCGGUGAACGCCAUGCAGAUCCACAGCGGGCUGCUGUACACAUGCUCAGGAGACCGGACUGUCAAAGCCUUCGACCUGGUGAGUCAUAAAUGUGUGGGUGUGUUUGAGGGUCACAGCUCCAAAGUAAGCUGCCUGUUGGUGUCCGCGGCUCCAGGCCUGCAUCAUCGCCUUUAUUCUGGUUCCAGUGACCAGACCAUCCGCUGCUACAGUCUCAGGACACGAGAACUGGAGCAGCAGUUCUCCCUGUCAGACCGAGUCCUUUGCCUUCACAGUCGCUGGAAGAUUUUGUACGCUGGUCUGGCAAACGGCACAGUGGUGACCUUUAACCUCAAGACAAACAAGCAGAUGGAUGUGUUUGAGUGCCACGGCCCGCGAGCCGUGAGCUGUCUGGCAUCAACACAGGAGGGAGCCCGGAGGAUCCUGCUGGUCGGCUCCUACGACAGCACCAUCAGUGUGAGAGACGCCAAGAACGGACUGCUACUGCGCACACUGGAGGGGCACACCAAAACUGUACUCUGCAUGAAGGUGGUCAAUGACCUGGUAUUUAGUGGAUCCAGUGAUCAAUGUGUCUACGCACACAACAUCCAUACAGGAGAGCUGGUCCGGGUCUAUAAGGGCCACAGUCACGCUGUCACUGUAGUGGCCGUCCUGGGGAAGGUGAUGGUGACCGCUUGUCUGGACAAACUUGUCCGUGUCUACGAUCUACAGUCUCAUGAUCAGCUGCAGGUCUAUGGUGGACACAGGGACAUGGUGAUGUGUAUGGCUGUCCACAAGAACAUGAUCUACACAGGUUGUUACGAUGGCAGUGUGCAGGUCGUCAAGAUGAACCUGAUGCAGAACUACCGUUGCUGGUGGCACGGCUGUUCGCUGGUGUUUGGGAUGAUGGAGCAUCUGCAGCAGCACCUGAUCAAUGACCACACCAGUGCCAACUUCCAGACGCUCAAGUGUCGCUGGAAAAACUGUGAAGAGUUUUUCUGUGCACGCAACAGCUCCAAGCAGGGGAUGCUGGUGCACAUGCAGAAACAUGCUGAGGAGGAGACUGAAUUGGAGCCUUAAGGGCUGGUGGUGGGAACAUUGUUUCUCCCUGAGCCCUCUUCCCUUUCCCGCUAUCUUUACCCCCCCCCCGUUAACCUCCCAUAUUGGGGGGGAUGUUCUUGGGACCCACUUAACUUAGCAGCGCUCCUGUCGAGCCUGAUGAGUGGCGUCUGACGACUCCAUCCUUUAUGUUCGGUGUUGGAAUCCAACCAUAAUACAAUCAUGAAAGGAGGGUUGGCUGUGCUGUUGUUGUUUUUUUUACGUUCUACAAAACACGCCUUCCUCUCUCUGUCUGACCACUGCAGUUCCUCUUUUCACUGACCAAAGUAAGAGAAAGAAACACGUGACUUUUGUUUAUUGAAGAAACUUCAGUGUUGCCAGUAUCAGAGGGACUUAUGCUUUUCUGUUGAAACUGCAACAGAAACCAAUAGUCAUCUUCCGGAUUGGUUGGCUACAAUAUGGCAUGGGUUAAGAGAUGUUUUUAUUGUUGUGGUGCAGUUGUGAUGUGUCAUGUUGAGCAACCUGUAGUUUUUUUUUCUUUUCUUUUAUUAAGUUGCCAUAAUUCACUCAAAGUAACCUUAUAUUUAAGACAAUAAUGAGUGAUUUAAAGUUUUCAGAAAUUCAUGGUGUAGACUCUCAGGCCGUGUUUUAGUUCAACGGUGUGAGUAUUUGUUUUGAAGGAGUUUCAUUGAAGUGACACAGUUUAUUUUCUGUUUGGUUUUUAUUUUGUUUUCUGAAAAACACAGUUUCUAACAAUCUCUCUUUGUUUUGUUAGCGGCUUAGGAUUACAUUCAUUUUGGGGUUUUUUUUGUUGCUCAGUGAGGGACGUUGGUGCAGUGUUGUGUGACUUGAGGUUGCCAUUAGAGAAUUUACAUUUGCAGUGAUAACAAACCAAGACAUGGUGAUGGUGUCGUGUUUGUGUUCCUACAUGUGUUUAUCUGUAUGGGUUUAUUCUUCCUAAACGUCGAGAGUGGUUUAACUCCGUUUGGUGAACCCUGUUUUCCAUGAGUGAGUGUGCAGUACUGUUUUUAUGACACAAGUUCCUCCUUGGAGAUGUUUUGGGGAAUUUAUUUUAUAUUUGGAGCAUCGAGCAGAAGGCGCUGGAGCUGUAUUUUCCACAGUGAAAAUAGUUUUCUAAUGAAGUGUGGAGGUGAAGGAUAUUUCGAGGAGGUGUUCAAUGGAAGAGCUUGAAGGGAAGAAUUAGGAUUCAUCUCCCAUGCCAUACCUCACCCCCUAAAAACAGGCAAGUUGGUAACAAAGCUACUUUUUUAAAGGCAUAUUCAACCAGUUUUAACCAAUAUGAAAGCCCAGCCGAUGCUCUUUGGAAUACUUUGGUGUGGUUACAGCUCUCUUGGUUGUGUCCUUUUUUGAGGAUUAGUUCUCAGCCAAGUUAACCCUACGUUCUCACAGCUGCCAUCUUCCAAACUCGCCUCACCCGCUCGUUAUUUAUGACUGAGGAAAGCAUGCAGUUCACCUCUUACCUGGCAUUCCUGAGUUUCUUCAAUUUUUUCAGUUGUUAUCAAAGUUGUGAAAACAUAUUUUUUAAGAAAGUGCAAUCUAAUACAUUGUUAAUAAUAAUAAUAAAAUAAUGUUGCAACAUCA